CGCGCGCCCGCCCGCCCGGCCCGGCCCGGCCCGGCCCGGCCCCGCCGAGCGAUGCUGCUGCUGGCGGCCGCCUUCCUCGUGGCGUUCGUGCUGCUGCUCUACAUGGUGUCACCGCUCAUCAGCCCCAAGCCCCUCGCCCUGCCCGGGGCGCAUGUGGUGGUUACGGGAGGCUCCAGUGGCAUUGGAAAGUGUAUUGCUAUCGAGUGCUAUAAACAAGGAGCGUUUAUAACUCUGGUGGCACGAAAUGAGGACAAGCUGCUGCAGGCAAAGAAAGAAAUUGAAAAACACUCUAUUAAUGAUAAACAGGUGGUGCUUUGUAUAUCAGUUGACGUAUCUCAAGACUACAGCCAAGUAGAGAAUGUCAUAAAACAAGCACAGGAGAAACUGGGCCCAGUAGACAUGCUUGUGAACUGUGCAGGAAUGUCACUUUCGGGAAAAUUUGAAGAUCUUGAAGUUAGUACUUUCGAAAGACUAAUGAGCGUCAACUACCUAGGCAGCGUUGUACCCCAGCGAGCAGUAAUCACCACCAUGAAGGAGCGCCGGGUGGGCAGGAUCGUCUUUGUCUCCUCCCAGGCAGGACAGUUGGGAUUAUUCGGUUUUACGGCCUACUCUUCAUCCAAGUUUGCCAUCAGGGGAUUGGCUGAAGCCUUGCAGAUGGAGGUGAAGCCAUACAACGUCUACGUCACAGUUGCCUACCCACCAGACACAGAUACCCCUGGGUUUGCAGAAGAAAACAAAACCAAGCCUUUGGAGACUCGUCUGAUUUCAGAGACCGUAUCUGUUUGCAAACCAGAGCAAGUGGCCAAACAAAUUGUUAAAGAUGCCAUACAAGGGAAUUUUAACAGUUCCAUUGGCUCAGACGGGUACAUGCUGUCAUCCCUGACCUGUGGAAUGGCUCCUGUAACUUCUAUUACUGAAGGGCUCCAGCAGGUGGUCACCAUGGGCCUGUUCCGCACCAUCGCGCUGUUUUACCUCGGAAGUUUCGACAGCAUAGUGCGUCGCUGCAUGAUGCAGAGAGCAAAAUCGGAAAUUGCAGACAAAACUGCCUAAUCCUUACCCCUUGGGAAAAGACUGUUUCUGAAUAAUCUGAACAGCUUGCUGCUAAAAGGGACCCAGUUUUUGGCCUACAGACACGUAUGUAUUGCUUUUGACUAUGUGAGAUUGGACCAGUGCUCCUCAGAAACCUGGCUGCAGGGCGAGGGGAUAGACGUUCACCUCCAGGUGAUGUUAUUAAUACUAUGCAAAUACGGAACAGGAGACCUUUGAUUCUCUGGGGCUGAGAGGUGAGGACCCUAUGGGAACAAAUAGCAUGUGAGCAGAGUAAAGAACAUCAUUCCAGAAUGAUCAUUUACAUUUUUCUAUUUAUUCUUUUUUUUUUUUCUUCUUUAUUAAGUCCAGAAAUGUACCUUAUGAUACAUAAGACGCAGCCUUGGGGACUUUUUUUAACCUUCCACGAAAGGCAGUGUAUGGGUUUCUGGGGCCUUUUUUUUUUUUUUCUUUUUUCUUUUUAACAUGGUGUAUUUUAUUCAAGAGUUUUACACAUUGCUGGAGUCUGAAUGCAUGAUAACUCACUGUGCUUCUGGUGGACCCUCGCAGCUUCUCUCUCUCUUUGAUCCCAUAAAAAUACAGGGGGAUGAGAGAGAGCAGUGCAGGGGAAGGGCAGGAGAGAGAGAUUCUCCAGUAGGAGAAAUAAUGCUUUCUUGUCUUGUUUAGACUCGAAUGCAUAGAGCACUUUUUUGUUAUUCAUUCCUGAGGAGAGGCAGCCUCCUAAAAUGUUUUCUGAAGAGAAAUAAAAUCUUAGAAGCUGAAAAGUUUACAAUUUCUUCAACAGCCAUGAUGACGCGGAGCUCACCCCCCCAUGAGUGUCUUGUCAUUCUUCUCAUGUCUCCCUCCUAUUUUGCUGAUACUGCUAUAAUAUUUUUAUAUUACAAAAAAAAAGACCAGUUAAAAUUUUUUGACUUGACUUUUUAAACUAACUCAUGAAUUAAUUAAAACAGGUGAAAAAAAAUUAAGAAGUGUAACAUUCUUCUGGUAGCAUAUAUGUAGCUUUUAAGAAAGGCCGAUGAUCAUAUAUUUACAUUUUCCUCAUUAAGAAAAAGAAGAUAGGACAAGGCCGAUUUUGAAGAUACUCAUUUCUGAAAGAAAAUGGUCACCCAUUCUCUCUGUGACUCCCACUUAACCGGUGAACCUUCUCUCCGUGCCACAUGUUAAGGAAGCCCAGUCAUCACUCCCACAAAACAAGCCCUCGAAGCCUCUUGGCCCCGUGAAUGUUGUUUUCACAUCACAGGCUCUGUGGCUCAGUUAGUGGAUUUCCACAAUUUAAGUGCCUCUGAUGGGUUUUGGCCAGUGUUCCCUGCUUCAUUUUGUCACUAUAUGUGCUCCCGACUUAGGGACAGUCCCCGUCAUAGUAAUGCUAUGCCCCUCCUUCUUGCACACACAGUAUGCAUAUACCAUGCCUACAAAAGAUUAAAGACCUGAAAACUGUAGCAAACCUUUUUUUGCUCUUGAGUUUUGGAACCUCUUGACUUUAAAAUGACUUAAUUUUUUUGAAGUAAGAUAUUUAAUGGCUUUUAUCUUUGGCGUCCUUUUAAUGAGGAUCUGAGAAUGGCAUAUUUUAACACUGACAAAGAAGAAAUUGUUUAAUAUAUAAGUUGCUUGGAAUGACUUCAUUGCAGUUUAUGGGGGUGGGUUGAUGCCAUAAUAGUUUCAUGAAUAUCUCCAUCUUCUAUAGCCAUCGUUUGCAAACUACAUUAGGUCACAUCUCACAGCCUCUUAAGAUAGAGUAAUGGCUCUAUUUCCCUAAUUCGCAGAAGACAGUUACACAUUAAUAUCUGGAUGUUUCUCACUUUUAUUUUUUAUUUUUUUCUCAUGAAUGUUCCUUGAAUGUUGGCACCUCCAAUUGCUGGUCUAGAUGAAGAGUCUAGCCCAAGAUGGUGUCUUGUUUAGGCCAAUUAACUAUUUCACCAGUUAUUUCAACAUUUUUCACGGUUUCCUCAUAGAUUGUACUGUUACCCCCAGGUAAUCUGCUACCUGAACAAAUUUAAGAGCCCCCGUUCUGUGGUGGGAGAUACUUUCCCCAACCCAGUUGCAGCUCGGGCAUGAGACAGAUUUUGUGGAGAUCAUAUCAUUAGGGAAUGGGCGUCUUUGUCAGACAUGUUAAAGGGCCAAAGCUCCGUAUCCAAAAAGCUUUGAAAACUAAGUUGUUGUGUUUUUUUCCCCCCUCUCUUCCUAAAUUUGGUGCCAUUAUUCAUUUGACAGCAAAACCUGACUUGAACUGAUGUAUUAUAGUUUUGAUUUGUCCAUUUCAUCGACUCUUCAUUAAUUUUUCCCCAAGAAACACCAAUGGGUUUGAUUAUAGGUAUUGCCCCAGAUUCUAUGGCGAUGUUUUGUAAUAUCCAGUACAUGCCCCAUAUCACUUUUUUCCAAAUCUAAAAAAUUAGAAUUCUGAAACACGUCUGGCCUGAAUGGUUUAGAUAAGGGAUCAUAGACAUUCAGCAGCACCACACAAAGCUCCAACUUCAUCCAAAACAUGAAAAUAUACAAAGGCAAAUUCUAUUUUUUAUCUUUUCUUGGCUCAGUUUUUGUACAUUUUUUACACUGACUUUGCCUUUUUUUUUUUUUUUUUUUUUGCUCAGGGGAAGGAAAAAAAAAAAACACAAAAAAACCCUGAGUCAGAUUGUUCAGGAAACUGUUGGCUUUUUUUUUUUUUUUUAAGGGGUCAUUCAUUCAACACUUUGUACUGUACCCAGAAGUGGGUAUGUCUUACCUAUGGCAGAAGGAGUUUAAUUACAGUUCUGUUGAAAUGUUGGCUUUCUGUUUGUGACCAACAAUUUCUUGAUUGAGUAUCGGUUCCGAAGUGCUUGCCUCCGCUGGGUUUGGUUUUACUGUUUUAGUAUAGCGUAUUUGUGAGUAUAUAUUUAUUCAAAAAAUGCUGAAUGUCGUUCAUCCAUAGAAAUUCCAGAAUAUGUUCAAGGACCCUUCAUAAUUGAAAAAGGUAUAAGAAACAAUCCCCAUUUCUUUUUACAAAAACCAAAUCAAGGGAAUUGUUCUUCUCUGUUAUUUUUUAAAAUUUAAUUUUCACAGCUGAAAAGAAAAAAAUGAAAAAUGCUGUUAAUAUUGGCCUCUGCAUUAAUACUUAUACAUGUCCAGUUAUAAAUCUGUUGGUUAAACCAUAUAUCAUUGAUUCUUGGAAGUGAACAUUGGGAGAGCGUUUCUAAUAUUUAGAUGACAAAAGCAUUUUGGGAAUAGUUGCUUCAAUUCAAAGAAUUGUAUGUCUUUGUCUUUCUAGAAGAAGGCAAUACCAUAAUUUUUACUGAGUUAUAUCAUCAACAGAUUUAAUUCUAUUACCCCAUGUUCUAAUUUAAACAUGUCUCACUCAAUGAGGACACUUUUUAAAUAUUCAUAGUUUUUGACAUACGAUGCUUUGUAUCUUUCUCAUGUCCUUAGUUCUUAGUAACUUAGCUUUAAAAAGUACCUCCUAACCAUAACCUUCCAUAUUCUGGACUCAGUCUUGUUUAGUUCAGCGCGGUGACGGCAGAUUUGAGAUUUUGAAGAGGAGAUAAUAGCUAUUAUAUUUUACAUGUUUGAUGGGACAACUCUAAAGACAUUUUUAAACUGUAAGAAUGCACAUGGCUAUUUUGAUAUAUAUUAGAACUUGUGUUUGCUACUUUAGAAGCUUUUGUGGCAAAAUUGUAACCUGAUUUUCAUAUCUUGUAUUUCUGAAUCACAACAAAAAAUAAAAUGGGGAACAAGUUUUA